UUCAUUCCCUUUUCAGUAGUCGUACGGAGCAGAGCUCCGAAACAAAAUUAUUUCAACAACAAAAAAAUUUAAAAAAUUUAAAAAUUUCAAAAAUCGACAGUGAUGCCUUUUAGCGGUAAUGUUUUGCCCGCCGAUGCACCGGCCUCACGCAUUUCCGCCGGUGGAUCUGGUGCUGGAACUGUAAGCGGAGGUGGAGAUGGCACUGAUUUCUCCAGACCGAACUCAGCAGCCCGUGCGCACCCCCAAUUGUUGGAUGAGGGAGCCGCACCGCCUGUGACCUGCCGCAAGCCGCGAAUGGAUCUCAACUCGCUGCCAGUGCGCCAGUAUCUCGACCAGACGGUGGCCCCCAUCCUGCUGAACGGACUGCAAGCUUUGGCCAAGGAUAGGCCCGAGGAUCCGGUCAGCUACCUGGCCGCCUAUCUGAUGAAGAACAAGAACCGCUGCGACGAGAUGAACCCAGAGUUCAUGUAAACCACACACUACACUAUUAUCUAUAGAAUUCACAGUUACAAGUACACAAAAGCCGAUUGCCCCUGGCCUCCAACCGCACACAUAAUACACCAUUGACUUCUAAAUGCAACCAACACACCGGGAAGGUCCCAGUCUCCAGCCAAUCACACAUAAAUAGUUUUAAUUAAUGUUAAGUGUCCCCAAAAUGACGAACACAUUUAUUUGUCCACGACUGCUAUUCGUCGAUUUUAUAGACCAUUGACUUCUAAAUGCAACCAACACACCGGGAAGGUCCCAGUCUCCAGCCAAUCACACAUAAAUAGUUUUAAUUAAUGUUAAGUGUCCCCAAAAUGACGAACACAUUUAUUUGUCGACGACUGCUAUUCGUCGAUUUUAUAGACCAUUGACUUCUAAAUGCAACCAACACACCGGGAAGGUCCCAGUCUCCAGCCAAUCACACAUAAAUAGUUUUAAUUAAUGUUAAGUGUCCCCAAAAUGACGAACACAUUUAUUUGUCCACGACUGCUAUUCGUCGAUUUUAUAGACCAUUGACUUGUACACAAUUUAUCGCUGAUUAAACAAUUGUUAAACACUCACCAGACA